AUGCAUGCGUUGCAGGCAAUUCGUAAGGCUGGGAAGAAGAUCCCCCAUCCCAAACACAGCGCCAAAACGCGGUGGAGAGUAGCAGCACGUGAGUAUUCGACUUGUUCAUUGCGAAAGGCACAGCGAUCCCUCCACACCGUGACGGCAGCAGCGCCCACAAGGAGGCACCACGGCGCGAAUUGUCCUUCGGGUAGUCACCGUAACCCCGCGCUGAACCGAUUAGUCGCCACUCGCCCGUCACCGCAGCCUGCGUCUCCUAACAUCUGUCGACAUCAUUACCACAGCAGCCGCACGCCGCCUGUUCAUGGAUCCGGGCUCUCCGCUUCGUCCGCUCUGAUUUUGCGGCUUCUUCACUCUUCUCGAGCCGUCGCGGCCGUUGGAUCGGAGCCGCCGGUUGCCGGGAAGAGAUCUGGACCGUCGGGCGAGAGAGCGGCUGGCAGGGAGGAGUGUGUGGGGGAUGUGCGUGUGAGCUAUGGCGCGACUGCGGAAGCAGAGGGGGAGGCGGCGGAAAGAAGAAGAAAUCUCGAAGACGGAAGGGAGGAGGGGCGGGGAAGGGUUUGGGAUGAGGUUCGGGAAGUGGAUCGGAAAGCUGAGGCGCGGGGCGGGGUGGCUUUAGCGGACGGCGAUGAAGAUAUGAGCGGGUACGGAGUGGCGUCGGCGGAGGAUCUGCGCAAGGCGAAGCAGAUCGCGGACGCGAUUCUCAGCGGGCGGUUCUUCGCGGGGAUGAGCCGCGGGAAACGGCACUGGGCGGGGGACGACGCGGGGGAGAGUGGCGGAGAGGAUGGGGAAGUGGGGGUGAAGAUAUCAGCAGUAUCGCGCAAGACCAACACGACGCAGAGGGAGGUGGUGGGCAUCCGCACCACCGGCCCCACGCAGCUGGUGUUUCACGACACGCCAGGGCUGACAGUGGCAAUGCCAUCGCAGCCGCUGUCAGCGUCGCAACGCCAGGGGUCGCUGCUCGCGUCCUCUGCUGCUCUGCACGGCCAUGUGGUGGCGCUCGUGAUUGACGCCGACCGCCAGAUCAGGAGGUGCGUGAGUGAGGAGUGGGUGCAAGGAGGAGGGUGGUUGGGGAGUGGGUGCAAGGAGGAGGGUGGUUGGGGAGUGGGUGCAAGGAGGAGGGUGGUUGGGGAGUGGGUGCAAGGAGGAGGGUGGUUGGGGAGGGGGUGCAAGGAGGAGGGUGGUUGGGGAGUGGGUGCAAGGAGGAGGGUGGUUGGGGAGUGGGUGCAAGGAGGAGGGUGGUUGGGGAGUGGGUGCAAGGAGGAGGGUGGUUGGGGAGGGGGUGCAAGGAGGAGGGUGGUUGGGGAGUGGGUGCAAGGAGGAGGGUGGUUGGGGAGUGGGUGCAAGGAGGAGGGUGGUUGGGGAGUGGGUGCAAGGAGGAGGGUGGUUGGGGAGUGGGUGCAAGGAGGAGGGUGGUUGGGGAGGGGGUGCAAGGAGGAGGGUGGUUGGGGAGUGGGUGCAAGGAGGAGGGUGGCUGGGGAGUGGGUGCAAGGAGGAGGGUGGUUGGGGAGUGGGUGCAAGGAGGAGGGUGGUUGGGGAGUGGGUGCAAGGAGGAGGGUGGUUGGGGAGUGGGUGCAAGGAGGAGGGUGGUUGGGGAGUGGGUGCAAGGAGGAGGGUGGUUGGGGAGUGGGUGCAAGGAGGAGGGUGGUUGGGGAGGGGGUGCAAGGAGGAGGGUGGUUGGGGAGUGGGUGCAAGGAGGAGGGUGGUUGGGGAGUGGGUGCAAGGAGGAGGGUGGUUGGGGAGUGGGUGCAAGGAGGAGGGUGGUUGGGGAGUGGGUGCAAGGAGGAGGGUGGUUGGGGAGUGGGUGCAAGGAGGAGGGUGGUUGGGGAGUGGGUGCAAGGAGGAGGGUGGUUGGGGAGUGGGUGCAAGGAGGAGGGUGGUUGGGGAGUGGGUGCAAGGAGGAGGGUGGUUGGGGAGUGGGUGCAAGGAGGAGGGUGGUUGGGGAGUGGGUGCAAGGAGGAGGGUGGUUGGGGAGGGGGUGCAAGGAGGAGGGUGGUUGGGGAGUGGGUGCAAGGAGGAGGGUGGUUGGGGAGUGGGUGCAAGGAGGAGGGUGGUUGGGGAGUGGGUGCAAGGAGGAGGGUGGUUGGGGAGUGGGUGCAAGGAGGAGGGUGGUUGGGGAUGGGUGCAAGGAGGAGGGUGGUUGGGGAGUGGGUGCAAGGAGGAGGGUGGUUGGGGAGUGGGUGCAAGGAGGAGGGUGGUUGGGGAGUGGGUGCAAGGAGGAGGGGUCGCUGCUCGCAUCCUCCGCUGCCCUGCACUGCCAUGUGGUGGCGCUCGUUAUUGAUGCCGACCGCCAGAUCAGGAGGACCCGCGGGUGCGGCGGAUGGUGGGGGUGGUGGGGGCGGAGCGGAGGGAGGGGCAGCAGCGCGUAGCGGUGCUGAACAAGGACAGGGCGUCAACCUACUGGAGGAAUAUCUCUUCGACCAUGUCCGUGCUUCGCCCUGCCCUGCCCCGCCCUGCUCCCACCUCUCACGCAUGGGGGUGAUAUUCUAUGCGGUGCAGGCGGCGUGGGAGGAGGACCCUCGCCUGCGCACGGACCAGUCCCCGGAGCAGCUGGCCAUGCAGAUCGUGAGGGAGCUGCUGCUGCACCGCAUGCACCAGGAGGUGCCAUACGCCAUAGAGCACCGCCACUUGUCAUGCUCUGUGCUCAAGGAUGGGUCGCUGCGCAUAGAGCAGCUGCUGCUCGUGCACUCCAAUGCACAGAGGGCCAUGCUCGUUGGCAAGGCCGGACAGGUCGUGCGUUCCAUAGGCAGGGAGGCACGGUAUCAGCUUCAGAAUAUCCUAGGCGGUCCCGUUCAUCUCAUUUUGCAAGUGAGAGUGGACCGCAAAUGA